GACGGCAGUUAACUGUGAGCACCGCCACGAAGGUAGUGAUAAAGGGGAAGAACACGAGCUCGGUGAAGCCACUCGUUGCUCGUGAAGCCGGCGGUGGAGAUGGCGGCGAUGGGGAUUGGGAUGGUAUCGACUCCGAGGAGUUCUGCUCCGGUUUGUUCUGGGGAUGCCGAUCGGAGAGCUCCGCCGACGCCAUUCCUCGGGUCGACGAGCGCGCGGAGCCUCUCCUCGUUCUUCCAUGUCUCCGGAUGCCAGAAAAUGGACCUCCUCCGUAAGGAGGUGGCUGGGGUGAGGAGGCGGAAGGAGUACUGCGGAGUGAGGACCCCGAUCGUCGUCUCUCCUAAGGCGGUCUCCGACUCCCAGAGCUCGCAGACGUGCCUCGAUCCUGAUGCCAGCCGGAGUGUUCUAGGGAUUAUACUCGGGGGAGGCGCUGGGACACGCUUGUAUCCUUUGACGAAGAAGAGGGCGAAACCAGCAGUACCAUUGGGAGCCAACUAUAGGCUAAUUGAUAUUCCUGUCAGCAAUUGCUUGAACAGUAAUAUUUCAAAAAUUUAUGUUCUGACACAAUUCAAUUCUGCAUCUCUUAAUCGCCACCUUUCACGAGCCUAUGCAAGUAACAUGGGUGGGUAUAAGAAUGAAGGUUUUGUUGAAGUUCUUGCUGCACAACAGAGUCCAGAGAAUCCUAACUGGUUUCAGGGUACUGCAGAUGCAGUUAGGCAAUACUUGUGGCUCUUUGAGGAGCACAAUGUCAUGGAGUUUCUAAUUCUUGCUGGAGACCAUUUGUACCGGAUGGACUAUGAAAAAUUCAUUCAAGCGCAUAGAGAAACAAAUGCUGAUAUUACUGUGGCUGCAUUGCCAAUGGAUGAAAAACGUGCAACUGCUUUUGGUCUUAUGAAGAUUGAUGAAGAAGGGAGAAUAAUAGAAUUUGCAGAGAAGCCAAAAGGAGAACAGCUGAAAGCAAUGAAGGUUGAUACCACCAUACUUGGCCUGGAUGAUGAAAGGGCAAAAGAGUUGCCUUUUAUUGCAAGUAUGGGUAUCUAUGUUAUCAGCAAGGACAUUAUGAUGCAAUUACUUCGUGACAAAUUUCCAGCAGCAAAUGACUUUGGGAGUGAAGUUAUCCCUGGUGCAACUAACAUUGGGUUGAGGGUACAAGCUUAUUUAUAUGAUGGUUAUUGGGAGGACAUUGGUACAAUUGAGGCAUUUUACAACGCAAACCUCGGAAUAACCAAAAAGCCAGUGCCAGAUUUCAGCUUUUAUGAUCGCUCAGCACCGAUCUAUACACAAGCUAGAUAUUUACCACCUUCAAAGAUGCUUGACGCUGAUGUGAUUGAUAGUGUUAUUGGUGAGGGAUGUGUGAUUAAAAACUGCAAGAUCCAACAUUCUGUAGUUGGGCUUCGCUCUUGCAUCUCUGAAGGUGCAGUCAUAGAGGAUACUUUACUGAUGGGAGCAGAUUACUAUGAGACUGACGCCGACAAGAGACUAUUAGCUCUGAAAGGAAGUGUCCCCAUUGGCAUUGGAAAAAACACUCACGUUAAAAGAGCCAUCAUAGACAAGAAUGCUCGUAUCGGGGAGAAUGUAAAGAUCAUAAACUGUGAUAAUGUGCAAGAAGCGGCCAGGGAGACUGAAGGAUACUUCAUCAAGAGUGGCAUCGUCACAGUGAUCAAGGAUGCCCUCAUCCCCAGUGGAACUGUCAUAUAGAUUUCAUCUAGUUGCUCUAUCAAUCCUAUGUACACUCGUUAAAUUCUAUGGCGUAUCGAAGAAACAGGGUGAGCUGAGUCGAGUUGUGUUACGGUGCACGAGAAGAGACUUGUUGUAUAAAUAAUAAUAAUAAUAAUAAUAUAAUUCUAUAUGUUCGAGCCAA